GUCCCGGGGUCCCGGUGGCAGCCGGAGCGCUUGGUCCGCAGGCAGCGGGCGGGUGGUCUCCCCCAUCCGCCCCCCCCCCCCGCGGGCGCGCCCCCGCCCCCCCCCCCCCCCCCCCCCCCCCCGGCUCCCGCGCGGCGGCGGCGGUUCCUUUCCCCUCCCCCCAGCCCUGGCUCCGGGGGACCCCGCGAUGCCGGUCCGCACCGAGUGUCCCCCGCCGGCCGGUGCCUCGGCCGCUUCCGCGGCCUCGCUCAUCCCGCCGCCGCCCAUCAACACCCAGCAGCCCGGCGUGGCCACCAGCCUGCUCUACAGCGGCUCCAAGUUCCGCGGCCACCAGAAGAGCAAGGGGAACUCGUACGACGUAGAGGUGGUGCUGCAGCAUGUGGACACGGGGAACUCGUACCUUUGUGGAUACCUGAAGAUAAAAGGCCUUACUGAGGAGUAUCCAACCCUUACGACCUUCUUUGAAGGAGAAAUAAUCAGCAAAAAACACCCUUUCUUAACGCGGAAGUGGGAUGCAGACGAGGAUGUGGAUCGGAAACACUGGGGCAAGUUUCUGGCUUUUUAUCAGUAUGCAAAAUCAUUUAAUUCCGAUGACUUUGAUUAUGAAGAGCUGAAGAAUGGGGAUUAUGUCUUCAUGAGGUGGAAGGAGCAGUUCCUGGUCCCAGACCACACGAUCAAAGACAUCAGCGGCGCUUCCUUUGCCGGGUUCUAUUACAUCUGCUUCCAGAAGUCGGCAGCCUCCAUAGAGGGCUACUAUUACCAUAGGAGUUCAGAAUGGUAUCAGUCUCUCAAUCUAACUCACGUUCCUGAACACAGUGCGCCCAUCUACGAGUUCCGGUGACAGCGGUUCAGAGCAGGAACCAAAUAAAACUGAACUUGGCAAAAAAAAAAAAAAAAA